CUAAGGAACUUCACCUACCCAGCUGAGCAAGUGCUCCAUUGCGUCUUCCCAAUCAUACGCCCGGUUGCCACGCUUCUCCGCGCAACUUCCAACAAUGGCCCAGCCGCCAUCCUUCGGUUCCAACAAUCCGUUUCGCCGCAAAGCCCCGGUCCCCUCCGCGCCUGUCAUCUCAUCUUCGCCAUUCGCCGAAGUUGACACACCGAACCCGCCCACCCCUGAGAUUACAUCGGCGCUGCCACCAGCGGACCGGUUUCGGAACCAGCUGCAGGCACUCGCUGGCCCGAGUCAGCCGCCGCCCGCUACAAGUUUCCAAAAGGCAAAGGUCGUCAAAAGAGUGCGCGUACAGUCGCCUCCGCCGCCGUCACCCGAGUCUCCUGAGCCGCCGGAUCGAUUUUCGUCGGUCGACAAUGAAGAUGAUGAGAGCGUUAGUAGCGACGACGCCAGCGAACAGCUGGAUCCGUUCACAUCCGCAGCGUCCGCAGGCGCAUCCGACGUUUCCGAUAGAGAAGACGAGCAUCAGCCGGCACCGUCAGGCCGUCCGCCGCCAAAUCCGUUCCAGAAGACGCUGCGAGAUCUGGAGGAGGGAGCGACAACACAUCCGACGCAAGACUCAGGAGCCGCACCAGGAACAAGGGGUGCGCUGGACGUUGGCGCGUUCGGGCGGUUAUUAUUGACAGGACAGACCGGCAGUUCGGAAUCGUCGCAGUCCGCAGUGCCGUACGCCCAGAAUGCUCGGUCUCCGCCGUCACUGAGCGGUGAUGGCGCGAGUGCGACCGACGCAACCCCUGCCCCGCGCCAAUCCAUCCCGGACACGUUUCAAGCCGAACAGGACACGUCUCGAACAUCUCAAGAAGCGUCUGAACGAGGACUGGAGGAUGAACGACGCAGGCAGACAAGCAAGGAUCGGCCAAGUUUGCAAUCGGCUCCCUCCAUCGCAAAGAAGCCGCCACCGCCUCCGAGCUCUCGGCAUGGGAAGCUGAUCAAUCCCGGGGCGGGCGGCGGUGAGGCAAAAAGGGUGGACGCAAGGGCAAUGCCGCCAUUGCCGAGUCCACGGAGAACUGCGCCUGUGCCCCUCGCGUCCCCGUCAAUGCAGGGAUCGCCAACUCCCUCAGAUGUUCACAAGCCGCUCCCACCCGCUCCGCUGAGAUCGCCUGCGGAGGAGGAAAGCGAGAGCGUGUGUGAUCGCGAAGCGGCCGGCAAGCUACCCGAGCCCGAGUUCGAGACGGGACUGAACAUCAUCAUGCCGCCCAGACCGCCCACUCCACCGAACGUGUCCCAUGCGAGGUCAGGCGCACCUAACGCAGCAGUAUCUCAGGGGCAGCCGACCAAAAAGCCGGUUCCUCCACCGAGGCGGCAGCCCCAUGGGCGAACAGAGAGCAAAACCAGCUCUGGCGCAACGUCGAUGACUCACCAAGAUGACACGGAUUCCUCGUUACGGCGGUCCUCGUUUGAGUCGACCAGAUCACGCUCCUCCAGCCUGCGCGUCAGCGUCCACGCCCCUGCACCGCCUCCGCCGCGGCGGCCUAGUCAUCCGCCGCGCGCUCCCAGCUCGCAUGCUUCGCCGCCGCCGCCAGAGCCCCAUUCCAUCUCUGAGCCGCCACCUAUGCUCACCCCGCUUGUUGUGGACACCCCUCCUCCGAUGAGCGACACCCCGACCAGCAGCGCCAGCACCAGCAGCAGCGGAAGGGAGCCCGCUCCCGCCGCUCUCUCCAUCUCUCAUGUCCCAGCACCGCUUGCCCCCCCGGCAGGAACCGACGCGUCCUCGAACCACCUGCCGGGCCACGCGAAACUUGCACCCCCGCCGCCACCACCGGCGCGGAACCCCUCUGUUCGCGCUAAACGACCGCCCGCCGGUAGCACGCCUGCUGCGUCCGACGGGGCGCCGGCAAGGCGGCCGAGCGGCGCCAGCCGGGCCAAGGACGGGCCUACGCCGCCGCCGCCGCCCAGGCACAGGGUUAGCAGUCGUGGGAGCGUGGACGGAUCUACCCUCGCUGCUGGUGCUGCUGCUACUGCUACCGCUGCCACUGCCACCGGUGCUGGAGGAGGCGGAGGCGGUGGUGGUAUUGGUAGUGGCAAUGGGAGGGCGGCUGAGACGCAGACGGGGGUGAACCUGGCGGCUGUGGCUGAGAAUGGGGGGGUGGAUGUUGGUGGACCCAACCCAGAAGAACCGGCGAUGGCGUCGGAGUCGGCUGCGGGGCAUAUACUGGCCGAUUUGAGCGCGCUGCAGAGGGAGGUGGAUGCGCUGCGCGGGCAGUAUGAGAAGGCGGCGCAGGGGCUGGGCGGGUGAUUCUACCUCACAACCUUGCCUGCGGCGGGAACGCGUCUUAGGCAAGAUGGACUGACUGGCCUUGCCAUCCACAUCGCGCGGCGCGCGAGCCGUAGCUUGCAGAUGUCCGGUGGGGGUGGGACUGGCGGGUGGCCUAUAUAAGCAUUGCUGAAACGGAUGGGGAUGGCUUGGGAGAGAGGUGCAUUACAGUACCCCAUCUUCACGCGUAGGGGUUCUACCACCGGG